AUACAGUUAGGAAAUUUAAAAUCAACUGUAUUACAACGUGAGUGGUUUUCUUUUUUCCAAAAAAUUAAAAUAAAUAAUAAAAGUUGUUAAUCUUUUAUGGAAAUAUCCUAUGACAAUCAAAAGAACUGCUACCAUUUGAUUAAGAAUCAAAAGCCACAAAAAUGUUUUUAUUAGAAGCAUCUCCAAAGAAGAAAAUUCAUUUUUCAAUCCAUUUAUUAAAGUAAAAUAAAAAGAAAUGAAGCAAGUUAUCAAAGCAACCAGGCUAUAAAGCGCGACUAAUUGGGCUUCAAUUAGAGAAGAAGCCCAUUGAAAUGCAAUCUACAUAUCCACCACCAAUGGCCCAGUGCUAAAGUACGCAGUCCUUUUCCAUUCCGUUUCGAAACAAUCUGCUUAUCGUCCGCCUCCGGCGUAAUAUAGCAAAUACCCGUCAGUUUUAAACCAGAAAUAACUCCCUCCAAAACCCUACUCCCACUGGCAAGAACCAGCAGUGGAGUUCCAAUGUCGUUUCACCACUUCUUCAUCUUCUCCCUCACAUUCUCCCUCUACUUUCUCUCUCCGGUCGCCGGAGCUACCUCAUUCACCGCAAUCGGAAUUACCUACUCGCCAGCAACCACCGCGACCCACUCGCGGCCCCCUUCUCCCGAACGUAUCUCUGCAUUGGCAAUCUCCCUAGGGAUGAACUCGGUCCGACUCGACCAACCAAACCCAGCCACGAUCAGAGCCUUCCUAUACUCGAACACCACCCUCCUCCUCAACAUUCCCAACUCCCUGGUCCCAUCAAUGGCCGCAAACCGCUCCAACGCCUUCCAAUGGCUCUACACGAUGGUGGUCCCGUUCUUUCCACGGGUCAGGAUCUCUACAAUCUCCGUCGGAAACGACAUUCUAGAAAACUCACCGGAGAACUCGAGCUUCCUCCUUCCAGCCAUGGAAAACGUCCACCUCGCUCUCAGAGAUCUAGGUAUUCGCAAGAUCGACGUCUCCACAACCUUCUCCUUCAUCAACGUCAUCACCUCAUUCUUCCCGCCCUCCGCCGCCCAAUUCCGAGAACCGGCUCUAGGGAACGUAAUAAGCCCCUUGCUCCAGUUCUUGCGCGACACGAAUUCGUCAUUCUUGAUCAACAUAUACCCAUACAACGUGUACCGAAUGAGGAGCGAAAUCCCAAUCGGUUACGCUCUGUUUCAAGAACACGCAUUCGGUUUCAGAGACGACCUCACCACCGGAGUCAGGUACCGGAAUCUCUUCGACGUUAUGGUCGAUGCCGUGAUUUGCGCCAUGGCUGUGUCUGGGCACGAGAACAUCCCGUUGGUGGUAACGGAGACUGGGUGGCCGAGCUCAAGCGGCGACGCUGGGGAAUUAGACGCCAACCCAAUCUAUGCCGAGCUUUACAUGAAGGGUUUGGUAAGGCACUUGAGAUCGGGAUUUGGAACUCCCCUGAGAAAAGAAGGGGUUGCAGAGACUUAUAUAUACGAGAUGUUUGAUAAGGAAGAGAAACUUGGAACUCCUAAGCAGAAUCGGACAUGGGGGAUUCUUUAUCCCAAUAUGACCAAGAAGUAUAACAUUGAUUUUUCUGGGUCGAUAAGGACUGUAAGGAAUUUUUGGGUGAGUCUUAUUGUUGCUUCAAUUGGCUUGUCUCUGUUAUAGAGUUUGUUUUCAGUAAUGGGGUUUGAUGAAAAAGUAUGGCUUGUGCUUUUUGUAUAAAGUAGUUUUGGCUUCUGCUGUUUGGUUUUCAAGAAAAUGGAUCAAUUUUUAAUUUUCUUUUUCUUUGUGAAUGGGGAAGAGUGGGUUGUUUUACGGGGGAAGUUUUCUGCAAAAUAUGAUGUGGAUUGUGGCUGCUGGGUUUUAUACAAGCUAUAAACGUAAAACCUCUCUUCUGAUUCCGAA